CCCUAGAAAUUGUCAUUUGAUUCAGAUGCAAAACUAACACGGAGAAAAGAGCUUCAGGCCAUUUCAGCUUCCUCAAACUUCUCCUCCUCUCUCUGUCUCUCAGCUCGAAGCUAAGGUCAUGGCUCUGCUGACCCGAGCCUCACGCAUCCCUCUCCAGCUCUCGGCCCAGCGGGCCCUCUCUCUCCACACGACCGUCCCCUCGCUGUCGUCCUCCUCCCCCUCCGGCUCAACUCCGACCACAUAUGCCCGCCCUCCUCCCCCCUCGGCCUCGCUGCCUCCGGCUGGCCUCUCCAAGGCCGCCGAGUUCGUGAUCUCGAAGGUCGACGAUCUCAUGAACUGGGCCCGCCGUGGGUCCAUCUGGCCCAUGACCUUCGGCCUCGCCUGCUGCGCCGUCGAGAUGAUGCACACCGGAGCCGCCCGAUAUGAUUUGGACCGAUUCGGCAUCAUUUUCCGGCCCAGCCCUCGCCAGUCUGAUUGCAUGAUCGUCGCCGGCACUCUCACCAACAAGAUGGCCCCCGCUCUCCGCAAGGUUUAUGACCAAAUGCCUGAGCCUAGAUGGGUCAUCUCUAUGGGAAGCUGUGCAAAUGGGGGUGGUUACUACCAUUACUCUUAUUCCGUUGUUAGGGGUUGUGACAGGAUUGUCCCUGUUGAUAUCUACGUUCCCGGCUGUCCUCCCACUGCCGAGGCCCUACUUUACGGCCUUCUCCAGCUCCAGAAGAAGAUCAACAGGCGCAAGGAUUUCCUUCUUUGGUGGACCAAGUGAGGGCAUGGAUUCACCUUGUCUUUUGGGGCAGCUUUGGCUAUAUCUAAUCAAAUAAUAAGUCUAUCCGGGGUGGUUUGCCCUGGCUAAGCACCAUGUAAAGGGAUAAAUUUUUUAAAUUUAGAUCCCAGGGUGUCCUUUGUUGUGCUUUCCGCAUAUUUGUGUUGUUUUUUGGGAGCUAUAAUAGCAGCCACAGAUUCUGUAAAACUGUUUUUCUGUUGUUAAACUGGGUGCUUGAACUAUGUGCCAUUGUUUAUCGACAUGUUUGAUUGAUUGAUUGCUAGAAGCUGCUUAUAGUUUUUUCUUAAUCUGGGAUCAAAUAAUGUGCCUGUAUUUGUUUAAACUAGCGAACUUUGUGGUUCUAAUUUUGAGUAGCCCUGUAUUGUUGUU